AUGGAGGCAGAGGGCAGCAGUGUGCCCGCUCAAGCUGGCAGUGGCGGUGAGGGCAGCGAUGGAACCAGUGUCGGGGCCACACUGAAAGCCCCCAAACAUCUGUGGAGACAUGAGCAGCACUAUCAAUACCAGCUCCGGCAACAUCAAUUCCGUCUUUUGCACCCUCAUCACCACCAUUCUCCACCGCCUCCUCCACCCCAGUCCCAGUCCCAGUCCCAACCCCAGCCCCAGCCCCAGCCCCAGUCCCAGUCCCAACCCCAGCCCCAGUGUCCCUUGCAGCAGCAGCAGCCCCCUCCACCUCCACCACCCCCUCUGCCACCACCACCGCCACCACCUCCUGGGGCCACUCGGGGCCGCUAUGGGGGAAGCAGCGGCUCCAGCCGGGUCAGGCACAGGGGCUACUCCGACACGGAACGCUACUUGUACUGUAGAGCCAUGGACCGGGCAUCCUAUGCCGUGGAGACCGGACACCGACCAGGCUUAAAAAAAUCCAGAAUGUCUUGGCCCUCAUCCUUCCAGGGACUCAGACGUUUCGAUGUGGACAAUGGCACAUCUUCGGGACGGAGUCCCUUGGAUCCCAUGACAAGCCCAGGUUCAGGGCUAAUUCUCCAGGCUAAUUUUGUCCACAGCCAACGCCGGGAAUCCUUCCUAUACCGGUCAGACAGUGACUAUGACCUCUCUCCAAAGUCCAUGUCGAGGAACUCCUCCAUUGCCAGUGAUAUACAUGGAGAUGACUUGAUCGUGACUCCAUUUGCUCAGGUCCUGGCCAGCCUGCGUACUGUACGGAAUAACUUUGCUGCAUUAACCAAUUUACAAGACCGAGCACCCAACAAAAGAUCACCCAUGUGCAACCAACCAUCCAUCAACAAGGCAACUAUAACAGAGGAGGCUUACCAGAAACUGGCCAGCGAGACCCUGGAGGAGCUGGACUGGUGCCUAGACCAGUUAGAGACCCUGCAGACCAGGCAUUCCGUCAGUGAAAUGGCCUCAAAUAAGUUUAAAAGAAUGCUCAACAGGGAGCUCACCCACCUCUCAGAAAUGAGCCGAUCUGGAAAUCAAGUCUCCGAAUUUAUCUCUAGCACAUUUUUAGACAAGCAACAUGAGGUAGAGAUUCCUUCUCCCACCCAGAAGGAGAAAGAGAAAAAGAAAAGGCCGAUGUCCCAGAUUAGUGGAGUCAAGAAAUUAAUGCACAGUUCCAGUUUAACAAAUUCCAGUAUCCCACGAUUUGGAGUGAAAACUGAUCAAGAAGAUGGUCUUGCCAAGGAAUUAGAAGAUGUGAACAAAUGGGGUCUUCAUGUUUUCAAAAUAGCAGAAUUUUCUGGGAAUCGACCUCUGACAGUUAUUAUGCACACCAUUUUUCAGGAACGGGAUUUGUUAAAGACAUUUAAAAUUCCAGUAGACACUUUAAUUACAUACCUGAUGACUCUAGAAGACCAUUACCAUGCUGAUGUGGCAUAUCACAACAACAUACAUGCUGCAGAUGUAGUUCAGUCUACUCAUGUGCUGCUAUCAACACCUGCUUUGGAGGCAGUGUUCACAGAUUUGGAGAUUCUUGCAGCAAUUUUUGCCAGUGCAAUACAUGAUGUGGAUCACCCUGGAGUUUCAAACCAGUUCUUGAUUAAUACAAAUUCUGAACUUGCCUUGAUGUACAAUGAUUCAUCAGUCUUGGAGAACCAUCAUUUAGCUGUGGGCUUCAAAUUGCUGCAGGAGGAAAAUUGUGACAUUUUCCAGAAUUUGACCAAAAAGCAAAGACAAUCAUUAAGGAAGAUGGUCAUUGACAUUGUACUUGCAACAGACAUGUCUAAACAUAUGAAUCUACUGGCUGAUUUGAAAACUAUGGUUGAAACCAAGAAAGUGACAAGCUCUGGGGUUCUUCUUCUUGAUAAUUAUUCAGAUAGGAUUCAGGUCCUACAGAAUAUGGUGCACUGUGCAGACCUAAGCAAUCCAACAAAGCCUCUUCAGCUUUACCGCCAGUGGACAGACAGGAUAAUGGAGGAGUUCUUCCGCCAGGGAGACCGGGAACGAGAACGGGGAAUGGAAAUAAGCCCAAUGUGUGACAAGCACAAUGCCUCUGUGGAAAAGUCACAGGUGGGAUUCAUAGACUACAUUGUUCAUCCUCUUUGGGAGACGUGGGCAGAUCUCGUCCAUCCUGACGCCCAGGACAUCUUGGAUACGUUGGAGGACAAUCGUGAAUGGUACCAGAGCACAAUUCCUCAGAGCCCCUCUCCUGCCCCUGAUGACCAGGAGGAAGGCAGGCAGGGGCAGACUGAGAAAUUUCAGUUUGAGCUGACUUUGGAGGAAGAUGGUGAGUCAGAUACAGAAAAGGACAGUGGCAGUCCAGUGGAGGAAGACACCAGCUGCAGUGACUCCAAGACUCUUUGUACUCAAGACUCAGAGUCCACUGAAAUCCCCCUCGAUGAGCAGGUUGAGGAGGAGGCAGUGGGGGAAGAAGAGGAGGAGGAGGAGGAGGAGGAGGAUUCAGCAGAACCUUGUGCAAUAGAAAAUGAGCAUUCCCCUGACACGUAA